AUGUUCAAGACUGUCGAGAAAAAGGCGAUCCCGCAAGGCGACAAACAAUUCGAAGCAAAGAGACAAGCAAUCCUCAAAGACGUGGCAGUUAAGGUGCCUGUAGAGCUCAUUCUACCAUCAGAGCUGAUCGUCAACCCACCACUCGAUGUCACUGGCAUACCUCGAGAUUGCGGACUGCUGACCUCUGAGGAAAUCGAUAUCACCGAGAACUAUGGCCUCGUCGACCUCGUGCAAGCCAUUGCAUCCAAGCGGCUCACAUCCGUCGCAGUGGUGUCAGCAUUCUGCAAGCGAGCCAUCAUCGCCCACCAGCUGACGUUCUGUCUGACCGACUUCUACAUGCAAGAAGCUUUGCAGCGGGCGAGGGAACUAGACGACCAUCUCGAACGAACAGGCCAGACCAUCGGACCUCUACAUGGAAUCCCGAUCAGCAUCAAAGAAACAAUCAAAGUUGAACGCCAAAUUUGGUCCUUGGGAUUCAUGGCCACUCGAACCAUCGCGAAGGAAGAUGCCCCACUCGUUUCGAUACUCCGCAACAUGGGAGCUGUGUUCUACGUUAAGACACAUCAACCUGCUGCAGUGUUCUCGCCUGAAGGUACUUCUUUCCUUGGACGAACACUGAACCCCUACAACAUCAACCUGUCAUCUGGAGGGUCGUCCAGCGGCGAAGCUGCUUUGCUGGCUAUGCGAGGAUCACCAUUUGGUUUCGGCACAGAUAUCGGAGGGAGCAUCCGAAUCCCGGCUUCAUUCUGUGGUCUUUACGGUCUCAAAGGGUCGAGCGGCUUUCUGCCCAUGAGUCCGGCCGGACCGAGUCCUGCGAAUCUGAGCAUACACAAUAUCGUCGGUGCCCUUAGUUAUUCACUCCGGGACUUGGAUUACAUGCUCUAUCACGUUCUGGCCCAGAAGCCACAUCUCUUGGACCCGGCAUGUCUGCCUAUUCCAUAUACUGGACUAGGAACAACAAAGCACAAGUCUGGCUUGAAGGUUGGCAUUUUGAAGAGCUACGGUCUCAUCCGACCACAGCCACCUUCCCUGCAAGCAAUGGAAUGGGCAGAGGCACAGGCCCGAAGUCGUGGCUUUCUAGUCACCGACUUCAAGUUCUACCAGCCAGCGAGAGCCCACAAGCUCUUCCACGAGCUUUUCAUGCAUGACGGCAUGAAGCUCGCUAAUGCUGCGUUCGAGGCUGGCAACGAACCUCACUAUCCUGUGUUUGAUGAUCUGAUCUCACAUGCCCUCGAUCUGGUCGACGAAUCUGCUUUAGACACGGAAGAAACAGCAAUCGCCAUCGCCACGAAACGGUAUCGGAGAGAUGUCUACCGUGAGGAGUUCCUCGCGGAUUGGAUGGCUCAGGGGAAUCCUGACAUCGUCAUCUGCCCCAUGAGUGCCGCUAGCCCACACGAUACUGGUAACCUGCACAAUGCGAGUCAUACCCACUUCUGGAAUGUGUUGGACUAUCCCGCUAUGGUUGUGCCGACUCACAUACGAGCUGGGCCAAGGACAGACUAUCCUCAAGACCAGGAUGAAGAUCUGCAGCCCCUUAGUGGGGACGAUGAGGCGGCGACAGACUUGUGGCGGAUGCAUGACUACAGCGGAGCACCGAUCUCUUUGCAAGUCGUGGCGAAGAGGCAUAUGGAGAAUGAGCUUCUUGCUGCGGUGGGUAUGAUCCAGCAGGCUUUACAGCUGCCCUGA